AUGUCUGCAGAGUCUAUCUUUAUGAAUAAGGUCACAACAUACUUUGAUGUAGAAGUUAUUACAACCAAACACCUUCAUCCAGGCUUUGCCAACACUGAUAUUAGGAUAUUGCGAAUGGAGAGGAAAGGACAGAAGAAGAGGAUUCACAGGAAUCCAGUGAUCCUGGAUUAA